UAGGUAAAUUAUUUUUGUCUGUAAGUUAUUAAAUUCUCUAUCGUACAACUCGAUGGUCUUUUUUUAGUGACAAGACAACAUCAUUAAAAUAUGCGAAAAAUGGCUAUUUAUUUUAUAGCCGUCAUUGUUUUGGAAAUAUUAUUGGUCGCGCAAGGUAUGCCAACAGUUCAACAUGGACUAGAUGGUAUGAGCUUGAAUGCAUUCGCAGACUUUAAAGGUGGAAAUGUUACGAAUAAUCCGUUCAUGGACCCAAGUGAUGAACUAGGAUUUCCACGAGCUACUCCAAGUGCUCAAAAUUUCCCAGUCACACAAAAUCCGUCAUAUUCACAAGUUCCUUCAAGUGCUCCUCAACCUCAAGUCCAACAAAAAGCGUCAUAUUCACAAGUCCAAGAAAAUUUGGGAUUGGCACAAGGUUUGGAUGAUCUACUAGGUUUGAUGAAUUUGAAUUUCACACCAGCCACUCCAAGUGCACCAACUGCAUCUAGUGCAUCUAGUGCAUCGAGUGCACCAAAUUCACAAGUCCAACCCACUGCGACAAAUACACAAGCCACACAAAAUGCGUCAUAUUCACAAGUUCCUUCAAGUGCACCUCAACCACAAGUCCCACAACAAAUGCAACAACAACAAUCUACUUCAAAUGCGUCGAAUUUACAAAUCGUUCCAAGUGGGCAAGUUCCAAAUGCAACUUCACAAGUCCAACAAAAUGCGGCAUAUUCACAAGUCCCACAACAAAUGCAACAACAACAAUUACAACCAAGUAUGACAAAUUUACAGGGCGGUGCUUCCGUUGAAACAAGAGGGGCAAUAGUACCGGCUGUGCAAUAUGCACCGAUCCAACAAGUUCAGGCAAAUGGACAAUUAAUCCCACAAAUGCAGGCAAAUGGACAAAUAAUGCAACAAGGUCAGGCAUAUGGACAAACCCAACAAAUUUUGCCGAAUGGACAAGUUAUUCCACAAGGUCAGGCAUAUGUACAAGGCCAACAAGUUAUGCAGAAUGGACAAGUCGUGCCAUUUUAUUCACAAGGUUCUCAAAAUAUUCAACAAUUCCCCCAAAAUCCAGCAUAUCCGCAAGGUAUGCAAUUGCAAACUUAUCCACAAGGUAUGCAAACUGUGCCAUAUAAUCCACAAGGUAUGCAAAUGCAAACUUAUCCACAAGUCCAACAACAAAUGCAAUUUCAACAAUUCCCACAACAAAUGCAACAUCAACAAUUCCCACAACAAAUGCAACAACAACAAUUCCAACCAAGUAUGGAAAAUGUUCAAGGUGGUGCUUCCAUUGAAACAAGAGUACCAGCUGUGCAAUAUGUACCGAUCCAAGCUCAGCCAAUUAGACAAGUAAUGCCACAAAGUCAAGAAUAUGGACAAGUUGUGCCAUUUAAUCCACAAGGUCCUCUAAAUAUACAACAAGUCUCUCAAAAUUCAGCAUACCUGCAAGGUAUGCAAUUGCAAACUUAUCCACAAGGUAUGCAAACUGUGCCAUAUAAUUAUCCACAAGGUAUGCAAAUGCAAACUUAUCCACAAGUCCAACAACAAAUGCAAUACCAACAAUUCCCACAACAAAUGCAACAACAAAUGCAAUUUCCACCACAAGUGCAAUAUCAACAAGAUGUUGAACCGCAAUGCCAUCACUCUACAAUUAUCAUUCGUACACCUCGUCAUCAUUCGCAUCAUCAUUCUCAUUACGGUUAUUAAGCUACAGAAAAGACUCAAAUGUGUCGUAAGAAUACCCAGUUUGGUUUCAAGUACAAUUUAAUAAUUUUUUGACUGUAUAAACUUUUAAAAGCCAAC